CUUGCUCGGGAAGCGCAAUGCGUGGAAAGUCCAGAAGCUUUUUCCAGACCAUGUGCUGACAGCUUUGCGCUGAGAGAAGCAUUUGCGAUCGGUCGUGGAGGCUUUUUGCUCACGAUGCUGGUCCCGUACGUCACAGGUUUCGUCCUGUUCCUGCGUGCGUUCGUAUUGGCCGAACGAAGCCCGCCGAUUCCCGACUUCAACGACGGAUUGCAGCUGGCCAUCCCUCCACCACCAGCCAGAUUCUCCACAGACGAGUUACUAUCCCUCCACAGGCAGCUCAUUACGCACAGUUCCAUAACCGGCAAUGAAAGUCACAUAGCCCACUGGUUCUCGUCCUACCUUUCCGAUGCAGGCCUCCAAGUCGAAUUGCUGGAAGUCGCCAACGGCCGCUACGACCUCUUUGCGUACCCUGGAAAGGCGCGCGAGUCCAAGAUUCUCGUAACCAGCCAUCUCGACACGGUGCCUCCGUUCUGGCCGUACGAGCUGAGGAACAAUGGAACGGAGGUGUGGGGGCGAGGUAGCGUCGACGCAAAGGCGUGCGUGGCCGCGCAAACGAUUGCCGUGCUAGAUCUGCUCGCUCGGAAGCAGAUUCGCGAGGGGGACGUCUCGCUUCUCUUCGUGGUCGGCGAGGAGACGACAGGGGACGGCAUGCGAUUCUUCUCGGGCGUGAAACCCACGAACUACACCGCCGUCGUCUUUGGCGAGCCGACGGAGGGGAAGCUGGCAGCGGGACACAAAGGCAUCCUAGGCUGGACGAUUAAGGUGCGCGGCAAGGCCUCGCAUUCCGGGUACCCCUCCCUGGGACUCAGCGCCAACAAGAUCCUCCUCGAGGCGCUGGACGAGAUGCUCUCGCUGGAGCAGGAAUUGCCGAGCAGCGAGAAGUAUGGCAACAGUACCCUGAACAUUGGCCGCAUCUCCGGCGGCGUCGCGGCCAACGUCGUCGCCGAGACCGCAGAAGCGAACAUAGCCUUGCGCAUCGCCAGUGGGAGUGUCGACGACAUUACGCAGAUGAUCAAGGAUAGGUUACGUCCCAUUGCUGCCCGGGCGCAAACGGCGGGGGGCAAUUUGACGGUGGACUGGCCAGGCAGAGGCUAUAGCGUCGUGGACCUCGAUCACGACGUGGACGGCUUUGACACCAUCACCGUCAAUUACGGAACCGAUGUUCCAAAUCUUGAUGGCGAUCAUAAAAGAUAUCUCUACGGCCCCGGAAGCAUUCUCGUUGCCCACUCAGACCACGAGCACCUCAAGGUCAGCGAGUUGGAGCAAGCUGUGAUGGACUUCCAAAAGAUCAUCUCGUCCGUCCUGGACAAGGAACAAAAGAACUUAGAACUAUGAGAGUUUAGAUUCAGGCAACUGUGAUAAAUACCAGCAUACAUGAGCAAGUCCAACUGGCUGCAAAUGCUUCGAGGGUAUCUAACUCUUAAUGUACUCAUCAUGCAGCAAUAAAACAAGAUUUGAAAAGAAGAACAUUCCAACACACAUGCCUCUAUGCGAGUCCUAUUUCUUGGCUUACAAAUCUGGAAUCUCAGCAGCGAUCUGUCUAAUCCGCCAAUAUCUGCCCCGUGCUUGAUGCGGAAGCUCUUUAACCAACGCCUUGAACCUAGAUGGGUCGGUCCAUUCGAGAUCACCGAAUUGGAGACACUCAGCGACAUAUGCAGCGACCGUAGCUGUCUUUAGCGGCGGAUCGCGAAGCAGAGUGCCAAUUUUUUUACAGUCUAGUUUCUCCUUCUCCCAGAGAAAGUAUGCCCGCAGCGCUGCCACGGUAAGAGUAUUUUUAGGCUUUUGAGAUGUCUCCGUUGAUCUGACUAGUUGUGUCUCCUGGGCCCAAACGGUCGCUUGAAUCGCAAGGUCUUUACUUUCCUUGAUGGAUCGAACGUCUCCCUCUGCUUCAGUGCUGACAUCCAGUAGCACAUCAUGUUGGACAUUAGACUGUUGGGCAGUGUCUUUGCAGAGGACAGAAGGCUGAGGUUGCUUUUUAACAUCCGCUUGGCAGACCAUGGCUCUCUCCGGAUCCUCGUGGUCUAUGGGCAAGGCUGGAUACUGCACGGUAUUUUGACUUAAAGCGUCGAAAGCUCGUGAAGGAGAAAAGCGUCUUUUGGGAGAGCCGUUUGCGUGGUCCAGGGUGCUCGAAUUGUCUAG